AUUUGUUUAGCAUCUCACACAUACAUCAAUCAUGAUGAGCGGAGGAAAAGCCCUCUUCUGCUCAUCGCUACUCUUAUUGCAACAAAUUUUAACUUGCGCAGCUAAUCAGAAGGAUAACGGAGAAGCAUGUAGGCCUUCCUCUUGCGGCAAAAUCAGCAACGUAAAACAUCCUUUCCGGCUGAAGGAUGAUCCCGCAACCUGUGGGGAUCCGAGGUAUGAGUUGUCUUGUGAGAAUAACAGGACGCUGUUAUAUCUUUUUCCCGGUAAAAGUUACCAAGUUGAGGCAAUAAACUACAACAACUUCACGAUCCGGCUUGUAGAUCCCGCCAUCUCAGAGAAUGACUGUUCUACCCUUCCUCGCUAUUCUUUAUCCCGUUCCAAUUUCAGUGACAGUUACGGAUACUCCUUCCAGGUCUCCAAAGGCGUCAAUGAACCAUACGGAACCCUUCAAUAUCGAGUUUUUGUCAAUGGCUCGACAAUGGAGGAAGACUUAAUAAGAGUAUUCGAGCACGUGAUUUUCUUGAACUGCAGCAAUCCGAUCAAGGACGAUCCACGAUUCAUGGACACUGCCCCUUGCAUUGAAAAAGGUAAUCAUCAUGUUUAUGCUGUCGUUGGAGGAUUGAAGGCGGUUGAAUUAAGAGAUGAUUGCCGUGUGAAGAUGGUUGCUGCCUCAUCCUUUCUUGGUCCCCCACAGCGAAACUUGUCAUACGGUGAAAUUCAUAGGAGGCUCAGCUACGGGUUUGAUCUUUCUUGGAUGCUGGGCGGUGCUUGUGCAUCUACUUGUGAGGAGCUCGAUCUUUGCUCAUUCAACGAAACCGCUCAACGACUCAUUUGCACGGAUCUCUGUGGCAGUCCAACGGGAGUCCAAUGCAGAAAAAUUUCAAAGCUCCAAAUCAUUGCAAAAGAUUUUGCAUAUGGAAUUUUGAAAGGAUUUCGCAAAGUGGUAGGCAAAGAUACUGGUGAAAAUUUCUCUAAAAUGGAUGUGUUAGCUGUUAUUAAGAUAGGAGUAUUCACAGGAAGAUUUCUAGUGCCUUACAUACUCGUCAGAUACACAUUGGGUGUCAUAUUUUUUUCUGCACUUCUGAUCUACACAUUCCGAAGAAGACAUAUAUCAAUUUAUGGGAACAUUGAAGAUUUUUUGCAAGGAAACACCUUCAUGCCAAUAAGAUAUUCAUAUAAAGAGAUAAAGAAGAUGACAAGAAAUUUUAAGGAAAAGUUGGGAGAAGGAGGAUUUGGUACAGUGUACAAAGGAAAGUUAAUAAGCGGGCCUUUUGUAGCCAUAAAAAUGUUAGGUAAAGCCAAGGGUAACGGUCAAGAUUUCAUUAGUGAAGUCGCUACAAUUGGCAGAAUACAUCAUGCCAAUGUGGUGAGGUUGAUUGGUUUUAACGUCGAGAGAUCAAAACAUGCUCUGGUAUAUGAAUUCAUGCCGAAUGGUUCUUUGGAUAAAUAUAUCUUCUCUAAAGAGGAUAGAAUAUCUUUAACAUAUCAGAAGAUGUUUGAGAUAGCUCUAGGAGUAGCUCGUGGUAUGGCUUAUCUACAUGAAGGUUGUGACAUGCAGAUUUUGCAUUUUGAUAUCAAGCCUCAUAACAUUCUUCUUGAUGAGAAUUUCAUUCCUAAGGUCUCAGACUUUGGUCUUGCAAAACUAUAUCCUCUUGAUAAUAGUAUUGUAACUUUAACUGCAGCAAGAGGAACAAUUGGUUACAUGGCUCCUGAACUGUUCUACCAAAAUAUUGGAGCAGUAUCUUACAAGGCUGAUGUCUAUAGCUUUGGAAUGCUUUUGAUGGAAAUAGCGAGUCAAAGAAGAAAUUCGAAUCCACAUGCAGAGCAUUCAAGUCAAUUUUAUUUUCCAUUUUGGAUUUAUGAUCAGUUGGCUGCUGAGGAAAAUGAUGAGAUUGAGAUGGAAACUUUGAUGGAUGAAGAAAGGAGUGAGUUAGCAAAAAAGAUGUUUAUAAUUGCGUUGUGGUGCAUACAGCUGAAGCCAAGGGAUCGUCCCUCAAUGAGUAAAGUAGUGGAAAUGUUAGAAGGAGAUGUUGCAGGUAUUGAAAUGCCUCCAAAACCUUCAUAUUGUCCAAAUGAUGUGAUUCAAAGAGAUUCUGAAGUUGACUCCUCAGGAGUAGAUGCUUCAAAUAAUUCUUAUGUGUCUUCAAGUUUUGAGGAGGAAAGUACAUCGAAUCCUUGUUAAAGUUUUCUGCUUGAUGACCAACAUGGUUUACUUCUUUACAAUCUUGUUUCUUAGUUAUUGAGUAAAAGGACGAGUCAAGACAGUAAAAUUUUUAAUGAA